UUUCACGUAACUAUAGCACUCGUGUCGUGCAAGUAUAUAGGGUGGAUAAUGAAAUUGGAGCACACAAGAAAACGGAAGCAAAUAAAAUUGAGAAACAUCAUUCCUCAAAAGUCUUUGUUUUCCAAACGCUCUGCCAUUCCGAUCUCAUUGACAUCCCUUCAUAUCUAAUGUGCUCUUCUAUUCAAUAUCAGUGUGACAUAAGGAGUCAAAUCUGCUAAACUUGAUCCUGAGAUACUCUCAAGUCUUGUGGCAAAAGUUUAUCAUCAAUGGACGAUGCUGGAGUCUCGAAAUUAACUGCUAAAUUGAAGGAAAUAUUUCAAAAGUGGCAAGUGGGUUAUAAAGAGGGCAAUGAUGAACAUUCUGGUGUGAAUCAUGGGGGAAUAUCACCUAUGAUUAACAAAAGGUUAAACAGUUUAAUGUCUUUUGAUUCUGAUGAAGAUAGCUGCAAUAGUCCUAAAGCACCGCACGAUGUUCCCAAAGGAUACUUAGCUGUCUAUGUUGGUCCUGAGCUUAGGAGAUUCAUCAUUCCAACAAGCUACCUUAGUCACUCUCUUUUCAAAAUGUUGUUGGAAAAAGCUGCUGAUGAAUUUGGUUUUAAUCAGUGUGGUGGACUUACAAUUCCAUGUGAAAUUGAAACCUUUAAAUACCUUCUCAGCUGUAUGGAGAAUACUCAGCUUCAUCAUGAUCACACCUCUUCUGGAAACACAGGAACUGUGGAAGAGAGAAUAAACUAAUAUGAUACUUAAGAGGUGCAAAUCUUAAUGCUGGUUUCAAGUGUGAAGAAAGUUUCCCUUGCUUCCAUCUUUUUUUUUGGUUUGAUUUCAUGUGAGAAAUGAUAGAAUAACCUUGUUACUUUGUUAGAAAUAUUUAUGUUUCCUUUACAAAAAUUCAAUUUAUUGAUACAAUGAUUGUAUUCUUUAUAUGCUUCUGUAUUUAAGAACUGUAUCUCAUAUUAUUGUCCUAAUCCUUGUACUUUGCUUUCUAAA